ACCAAGUUGUACUUCAACCUAAGUGGGUUGCUGUGGAGAUUGGCUAAUUCGUGUUUUUGGUUCUGAAUUUGCGCUACUAAGGUGGUAGACUAGACUAGACCAAUGGAAUGGAAUGCAAAGAACAUUUCAGUUCCCUCCGUUAAAUGGGUCACUACUUUUGUGAAGUUCUCCCUGUUUCUCCAAGCUCUGCUUUUGACCCUGUACCAAGCAAGAGCAACAAAGUUCCACAAUGCGAGUGGUUUGGGAGGGACAAAGGCAGUGGCAAAUAAUGGGUGCAAUUUGUUCUUGGGAACUUGGGUGGUUGACCCUUCUUAUCCUCUCUAUGACUCUUCAUCAUGUCCCUUCAUUGCUGGCGAGUUUGAUUGCCAAAAGUAUGGAAGACCCGACAAACAGUACCUCAAAUACGCCUGGAAACCUGAUUCAUGUGCCUUGCCCAGGUUCGAUGGUAAGGAUUUCUUGAACAGGUGGAGGGGUAAGAAGAUAAUGUUUGUGGGUGACUCACUGAGUCUGAACAUGUUUGAAUCACUGUCCUGUAUGAUUCACGCGUCGGUACCGAAUACCAAGACCAGCCUUUCGAGAAAAGAAUCACUGACCACUGUUACCUUCCAGGAGUAUGGAGUAACUAUACAGCUAUACCGCACACCGUAUUUGGUAGACAUUAUUCGAGAAAAAGUGGGGCGAGUCCUUACAUUAAACUCCAUUGUUGCUGGAAAUGCGUGGAAAGGCAUGGACGUGUUGAUUUUCAACUCCUGGCAUUGGUGGACCCACGUCGGAAAAUCGCAGGGAUGGGAUUAUAUUAGAGAUGGACCCAAUCUGGUCAAGAACAUGGACCGUUUGGAGGCAUACAAUAAAGGAUUAACCACUUGGGCUAACUGGGUGGAUAAUAAUGUUGAUACCACCAAAACUAAAGUUUUCUUUCAAGGCAUUUCUCCUACUCAUUAUCAAGGGCAGGAUUGGAAUGAACCAAAAAGAACGUGCAGAGGAGAGCUUCAACCGUUGUCUGGAUCAACAUAUCCAGCAGGUCUACCUCCAGCAACUACCAUACUGAACAAUGUGUUAAAGAAGAUGAAAACUUCAGUUUAUCUACUUGAUAUCACACUCCUCUCACAACUAAGAAAAGAUGCUCACCCUUCUUCUUAUAAUGAGAAUCAUGAAGGCAAUGACUGCAGCCACUGGUGCCUACCAGGGUUGCCUGACACAUGGAACCAGCUCCUAUAUGCAGCUCUCACCACAUGACAUACAAAUUGAUCCUUUUCUUCAUCCCUUGGUUUGGUUAUAUAUUCAUCUAGUCACUUGGGAUUUUCUUUAUUAUUUGGGGGAUAGAUACUAACAAGGGGUGAAACUCAAUUGUAAAAUCAUAGGAUCAUAGAAUUCUUGAAGAAUAAUUUACAAAACAAAAUAAGUUUAAGUGAUCAAAUUAAAUUGUUGCAUACCAAGAUAAGUAUUUUACAAGGGUGUAAACUAAUUUUAUUGAAUCACAGAAUGAUGUUAAACUCUAUCAUUGAUUGAUGCACAGACCAUGUAUAAUAUCUGGCAGCUACAAGGUUAAUUGUAA